AUGCGAGGUCUUCGGCAGAAGAGGCCGGUCUUCACAUUUGUCGCAACCGGGGCUAGUGGUCUUCCUCAAAAGCGCAAACAAACUCACCAUGCAUGUCAAGAUUGUCGGAAACGCAAGAGGCGUUGUACCCACCAGGAGAGUCCUAUACAGCCAUCAGAACCCGAAAUGAUGUCACCUGCACACACCUCAACAGCUGCUAUCACACCUCUGUCGUCGUUAAGCUCCAAGGUUUUCGACACAACCACACCACCCAUCGACAACACUGAUGCAGUCAGAAAAGAACAAUCCCCGUAUCCAGAACUAGAGGGGAACUCUCGAUUCAUUGGAGAUUUAAAUCCCGAAGGCACCUUGCUGGUAGCUGCAAGUCCAAGUGGGAGUACUGGAACCGCCAGGCAACAUGAUGUUGGUGUCUGGUUCUCUGGCAAAUCCUCCAGAGGAAGUGGCGGAUUUUCCCGACUUGCAGUCAAGAGCCCACGAUCACAAUUUAUCACUUCCCCGGAUCCUUUGAUAUCCUCGGUCUUUUUGCCUCACUUGGAGGAUCAUUGUCUGGGUGUUCUUCCUAGUCCAGAUGACUUGGCCGGCCUCACUCACAUUUAUCUUGAACAUAUUCAUCCCGUUUUUCCAAUACUGGAUCAUGAAAGGUAUCAAACUAUGCCGUCUGAUUCCCCCGAAUGGGCAUUGUUAUCACAGGCAAUAUGUUUCGCUGCUAGUGUGAGCCCAAAUUCGAUACAAUAUCUUCACUUGCCUAAGAUGGACUUUUUAUCCCGCAAUGAGUUUUCUCAGACUCUCCUUGGAGUAAUAAGAACAUCAUUAGCACUAGGCCUGGUGAAAGAUAAGACUGUGCUCAUUCAAGUGUUCGCUUUAGUCUCACUAUUCACACAAUUCUCCGGAGAUCGACAAGAAUCCGCCGAGUUUUUCUCUCGUGCCCUCGCCCAUGCGCAUACCAUGGGCCUACACCUACGUGGUCAGUCGAAUUCAAAAUCUGAAUCCAACUCAAUACGUCUCUUCUGCUGUAUAUAUGCUCUGGAUAUUCUCAAUGCAGCAUUUCACGGAAGGCCUAUGCAGAUACAUGCCCGAGAUUUCGGUCGUGAUCUCCAUUCAUGCAUUGCAACCCAGGAAGGGUGUUUUCAGCUCUUUUUGCGCACAAUUACCUUGAUGGAUCGAGUAAUUGAGCUUUACCGACCUUCAUCAAACGCUGUAUGGGAAGAUGGAUUUCCUUUGUUCGAGGAUGUGUUGCAGAAACUUGACGCACCUAAUAUUCCGAUGCAUUUGAUUGUCCCUGACGAUCAUUCUCGUUCCUCGACAUCGUACAUGCGCCAAAGCCUUUCAGCCUCGAGGGUCACAACCAUCGUAGGCGAUGAGUUCCGCAAUGAACUUUCUCUAUUUCCGAUUGUUCCAUAUGCAGUCUCGCAGUCUCUCCGAGUGUCGUAUCGCAGUCUACAGCAAAGCAACACGUCAUUUUUCCGAUCACGGGCUCGAAGGCAAGUGGCCUCGAAUUGCGAUAUUCUGAGAGAACUCGGAGAAACCUACCAUUUGGCUUCACUCAUGGCAGACUUGGGAGAACAUCUUUUACGGGAGUUUGAUGCUCAUCAGGGCUCAAGUUUUCAAACUGAUGCUGCCGUACAGCAACAUCCAGAGCUGCGUGCCUUUUCUACUCAUAUGACCACUGACUCUCAAAAGCCAAUUUAUCAGCCGUACCAUCCAAAUAUGUUUGACCCAAUGUCAUCCUUGGAUAUCUUCGAGAACUUUGAACAUGAGCUGGCUAUUGAGGCUAUUGUCGGAGGAUUAUCUCACGAAUCUGUCUAA